UUCCCUCCCCUCCCAAAAACCAUGCGCUUCCGGUGCUCGCGGGUCACCGGAUGUUGCUCGGGGAACAGUGGAGCGCCUGUUCGGAGCUGAAACAGACGAAAUGUCCGGAUAGUUUCUGAGUCUGGAGCCGCUGCUGCAGCAGGAGGAGCAGGAGGAGCAGGUGGAGCAGGUGGAGCAGGUGGAGGCCUUCAUGGGGCGGAGGUAGCCGCCUUCACUCUUCUUCUUCUGUGCGUGUGCCGUUCGUGCUGUGCCUUACCAUAUUCUGGAUCAUGAUGGAGCGAAGAAACGCCUUAACUUUACCGUUUAACGUUGACAAGGACAACUUGAUGGAAAGUCCAUUCAAAAUCUCCAUGACAAGUCUUUCAUCAGAGUGUGGGAAGUUUAACAGACAGGUUUCCUGGACAGAGUUUUCAUGUAAACGCAGACAUUCUGACCUGCAGCAUAAAAACGGAUCCGUAAUGUUGGACACGGCCAACAUCACGUUGGAAAUGGAGAGGAAGAAGCCCUGUCUCAUCCUGACAGACGUCCUAAAGACGGCGCGAGGGAGGACGUACAUGGAGAGAAUAAAACAGAGUUGCGCGGUGGAAAACGGUGGACAGGUGUCAAGCUCGCAGAGGGAGAGCGGUCAUUGCAGAGAGAAGCCUGCGCUCUGCACGGACCGGAGGUCGAGUCACAGGGAGGCCAAGAACGCUAAAAACAAGAGUGUGCACCCGAAAUGCAGCCCGAAGACGCCCAGCAUCACCCCAUCACCUCACAGAUCACGACUCAAGAGGAGGUUACAAAAUGCUGGCGAUGACGUGGACAGAGAAGAAAAAGACAUCGAGGAGGUGAUAAUAGGCAAAGACUGCGGAGAGGACUACAGAUUCGCCGAUGUUGUUGACUGUGGGCUGUCGGUGAGCUGGGACCCGGCUGAGGACAAAGGAAGUUGUGAUGAGUUCUCCCCAACUAGCAUCAAGGACAAGUGCACUGAUCCAGAAAAAGAAGUACAACACAGCGUGAAGAGGAAAAUAAAGGGUGCAGGAUCCCACUGCAACGGAACAAGCAGCCCCAAACGCCACCGCGAAAGCGUGCUUCGCCUCACCGGAGAAGACGGACGAGAUGGAGGACCAGCUCCUACGCACGUUUGUCAGGAAGACGGCGGAGAAGACGUAGAUUUAGAGAGCCUGGACCGAAGCAUUGUACAGUUCACCGUGGGCACAGAUGAUCCAGCAGAAAUCCUGCUCCCGAUCAUCAUCUCUAAUAAAUUGGAGGCUGGAGACAUUCUUAGUUCCCAGAGACAAAGCGUAUUGUCAAGCCAGGACAACACAACCUCUGAACCCAUUGUGCUGUCCAGUGACGAAGAGGAGAGCUGUGACGUCCCUCAGCGCUGCAGCCCAUUGGCUCAUACGCUGCUCACCGUGGAAGACGCUGUAACACAGAGACAGUCCCAGCAGGACGCUUUGGCCAAAGAGCAAGAAACCUCUGACUUACAGGACAUGCAGGUGUUGCACGUAGUCGUAGAAGAUCUCCCUCGAGUGGCCGUGUCUUUAGACCCCGGUGCGGACUACUCCUGCAUGGGCGUCGCCUUCUCCUCCUUGUUCUGUGGAGGUUACCAAGGGAAGUCCAACGGGGACAUCAUGGUGACCGACGACAAAAUAAUGAUCCCUCUGAAAGACACUAGCGAAAAGGUGGCGUUGAUGUUAAACGUGGAGCGCAAAGAGCUGCGGAGGUACAGCGUUUGGGAGCAGCAGGAACUGGAGGCCCAGGAGCUUCACUUCGAGGACGAGGCGGAACCGAUUCCUCCUUCCGCCCUCCUUCUGGGCGUGUCGGAAACUGCUGCAGCUGCUAUACAUCGGGACCUCCACAAGCUGUACGUCAAACAAGGCGCACCCUCAAACAUCGGCACAGUGAGCCCCUUCGUCCUGCUGACACUCAGAGAUCCUCUGGAGGGAAUGGAGGGGGCUUUGUUGCGCUCCUUGCUGGACAUCGACUGCCUCAACUGUCUCUCGGAUGAAAAAUCAAUUUUUCACGACGAUGCAGUUUGCGAUUUGUACGACAUCCAAACUCCCGUGCUCACUCUGGACGAUAGCAUAAAGCUCAUCAGGAGAACUGGACGGGACUCUCACUUGCUGGCUCUGCUGGGCCUGGAGAGCACUGACCCUACAUUUAACACAGACCAGCACACCCCACACACUGAAACGGACAAAGACGCCACGCCGCUCAUCCAACUGGAGGCUAAUCCCCAGAAAGAAACAAUACUGGAGGUGGAGACAGAGACAGAAGGAGACGCAGGGACACGACUCAAACCAGAGGAGGAGCAUAAAGAACAAAAGCCAGAACAUCCCACUGAGAAGAAGAAAAAGGAGGAACCCACUCCCGUAUACACACUGUGCCAUCGUAGAACCAAAGGAUCAUACUCCGUGUCCCUGUGUAAACCAGACUCCAGCUGGAUUAAAUAUAAACACCAGGGCCUGCCUCACAGGUUGAUCCAGUUUCCUCCUCCGCCGUUAAAAGGAGGUAUAACUGUUACAAUGGAGGACCUGCAGUGCCUUGACAGUGGACAGUUCCUCAAUGAUGUCAUCAUCGAUUUUUACCUCAAAUACCUCCUCCAUAAAGCUUCUCCUGCUGUGACAGAGCGCUCCCACAUCUUCAGCAGCUUCUUCUACAAGCAGCUGACACGGAGAGACAACGCGAGCGAAGGAAGCACCAGUGACUCCUGUCAGAGACAGAGGCGGCAUCAACGUGUGAAGACGUGGACACGCCAUGUGGACAUCUUUAAAAAGGACUUCCUGUUUGUACCUGUCAAUCAAGAGGCUCAUUGGUAUUUAGUCGUCAUUUGCUUUCCCGGACUCGCCGAGCCAAAAACUGAAACCUGGAACGGUCCAAACUCACAGACGGGAAAGAACCAGAGCGAGACCGACAAGUUACAGGAUCAAGAGGCGGAUCAAGGAUCUAAAAGUCCGAACGACAACACAGAGACACAACCUGCAACAUCUGCAUCGAACCACAGCGACCAGGCGGACACGGCCACAGAAAAAACCCAAGAAGAACCCACUAAAGAUGCAGUACCCAGUCCAGUGAACUGCACAGAGCAAACCUACCAGAAGAAAACAGUUUGUAAGAGGCCGUGCAUUCUCAUCAUGGAUUCCCUCAAACGUUCCCUUCAUGAGCGAGUCUUCAAACUCUUGCGGGACUACUUGGAGUCAGAAUGGGAGGUCCGCCGCGGUUCAUCGCGAGAGUUUAGUCCUGAUCAGAUGCAAAGCUCACACUGCCAAGUUCCCCUUCAGGACAACAGCAGCGACUGCGGCCUCUACCUGCUGCAGUACGUCGAGAGUUUUCUGAAGGACCCCGUGGUCCACUUCGACCUCCCACUACACCUACAACGAUGGUUUCCACGGCAGCAGGUGCGGCGGAAACGAGACGAAAUCAGAGAUCUGGUACUAAACCUUUACCGGCAUCAAAACCUGGAGAGUAACAGAUAGACACGUGAAGCAUGUGGGCGCAUCACAUUCCUGUAGGUAUUAUACUGAUAUCACUGCUCAUACUGAGCGACGGACACUUCAGCGUGAUCUGAAAGUAUUUCAUUUAAAUUAGAUGCUAUUAUUGUUUUUAUGAAUGAACUUGAACAAAACAUGUAAGCCUUUUGUGAGUGAACACGGAGGCGUACGUUAACAGAGAGAGCUUUAAAGCAGGUUAUACGUAGACGUGAAGAUGUUUGUACGCCCCAUCAUGACUUUUUACUGAUUGGUUUUAAGCGGCGAGAUGUUUUAUAAAAGUGAUUAUUUGUUUUAAAUUUUCUACGUAGAAUCAAACAAGAAGCGCGGCGAUGAUGAAACCCGCUUUGUACAGUUCCAGUUGGGUGUUCAUGAUUUGCUGGUGUUUGUUAAGAAGUUUCAUGUCGUGUUUGACAUAAAAAACCGAUGAGUCACACGUUGAGUUUCAUUAUAAAACGCCAUAGAGGCCUCUGGAAGUGGAAUCCCAGCAGAACUCUUUAAGCUCUUUAAACUCAGUGCCUCACUCGGAUGUCCAGUUCGGCCUCCCAGUGCCAGACAGGAGGCAUCACGGUGUCUACAGAUGACAACAAGCCCGACUCAAGUCGAUGUUUCAAACCCCAGCGGUCCCAGAAACAGACAGGAAGUCCAACACACAAACAGCAUGGUCAGUUUUCAAAAUAAAACAAUCCUGUGCAAGCAGUUCAAUUAUGUAGCAUGUUUACACCCAAAUCUGAGGAAGUUAAUAAAGUCUGGUGGGCAAAAAGCCCCUGGCUGGGUUUGAGGUUACGUAGUGGACGGACCAAAACGUCACCGGAGACGUGCCCAGUGGAGCUGAGCCGUCGUAUGCUCCAUUUAUCUGUGACACCGUGACGGUGCCUGCCCAUAUUUGGUUGUCAGACUAUAAGUUAUAUAUCGUUUGUUUGCUUAUAGUGCAUUUUAAAUCAUUGUUCUGAUAGCGACAUCUGUUCAUAUGUCCAGACUGACUUGCCAAAAGUUCCGGGGUGCACACACAUUAGCAUGUCUAACCGUAUAACUCUCGACUGUAACGGCGACUUCAUGAAGACCCGAGAGAGAUCGCUCACGAUAGCCUCGUAGUUUUCCCCUCGUUUUUGUUCAGAUGUCUCCUUUAACACUUUACGACGUCCUUGACUAUGUAUUUUUUAAUAAACAUCGUGUUGGAUGUAAAUACCGAAGCUGGUUCCAAAAUAUCUUUUUGUUUUCAAUUGUGUAAUAAAACUUGUAGAACAAUU